UCGAAGAUCGAAAAUCGAAUGUCAAUUUGGUAUUAUGAGCGGUGCAACCCUGUCGAAAUUUUCGUUGAAUACCGAAUUUAGAGUCGAAUGCCAUUUUGCUUUCGAUUGUGGAGCGUACUGUGGGAAAACUUGUUAAAAUGUCGAAAGUCGUGAGUACCAAACAGCAACUAGAAAGGCUAGUUGCAUUAAUGGAAGAGAAUCCACAAUUUGCAAAAGGGAUUUGCAACAAAGUACAUGCAGCGAAAAAAUGGGAAGAAUUCACAACGGAGCUGAAUUGCUUGGGACCACCAAUUAGAACGGCAGCAAAAUGGAUUAAGGUAUGGGCUGACAUGAAGUCAAAAGCGAAAAAAAAAAUGUCCCAAAACAAAGCUGAGCUCCGAGCAACAGGUGGGGGCCCUAACAAACUUCAGGGACUUUCAAGUACCGAAGAAAGCAUAAUCGGUUUGCUGCAAUUUGAUGUCUGCAUAAAUCCGCCUGGGGUGGAAUUUGGCCUGGAUACAACUACCAGUGACCAGUUCACAGUUUUGUCCGCGUCAAAUCCUAGCCCAGAGCUUCUGGUCCAAAACUAUGAGGAAAGUGAAGUAGAUUUAAAUUUAAAUGUUCACGAGGAGCCAGCAGAAAAAACCAGAACAAACAAAAAGUCUCAAAAAGCAGAGAGAUUGAGGUUACUGGAGUUGCAGACUGAUGGCCAAAAACAAUUUUAUGAACAAAUGAUAUCUACAUUGCACAAAAUCAAGCAAAGUGCUGCAGAAACAGCGGAAUACUCAAAAAAAAAUUACGAGUUAAAAAAAAAACGCAACCGACGAACUCUUGCAACUAAAACGGGAGAAAUUGCGCGUUUACAAAGAAGAAGUUCUGAAGAAGCAACAAGACCGCAGAUCAAAACUACAAUUAAAAGUAGCGAUUUUAGAGAUCAAAAAGAAAUUGCUAUCGAAAUAAUUUUUAUAUUUAGUGUUAAGGAAACUGAAGUGAUAUUUUUUGUUUUAUAUUAGUAUUAGGAAAAAAGACUGUAUAUAUUUAAAGUAGGUUAAACAAAUGAAUUAAUUUUUAUAUUUACAUAGCUUUAAGCUACGUGCCUUAA